UUAUGGCAAUAAAAAGCUAAUCAAUUCGGUUGAAAUUUAUGUUGGCUCCUUUCGAAUCGUUUGCUGUUGAUCCGCUGUAAGCAUUUCUACAGCGACAUCUACCUCUCGUGGUCCUCCAAUGAAUAUUGAUUGAAAUUGGGGGUUGGUCGCUGUGUGCAACGCUCGUCACACUGACUUUAUGUUGUUUGUGUGUGUGGUGCCAAGCUCUUGGUCGGUGGAUUGGACCUUUCGAAAUUCGAUCGCAAACGGUGUGAAUUUUUAUCAUAUUUUCUAUGUGUACAGUGACCGGCAAACUCGAUAAAGUUCAUAUUUGAAUGCAAUAGAUUCCUGUCUCUGAUUUUCGUGUUGCUUGAGAAUCGGGUUUAUUGAAAUUGAGUGAAAAACUGUCGAAUCCAUCCCAGCUUGACAGUUCUAUUGCUGUUGGCUCUGUGUACGCGUGUUGAAGUUUCUUUCAGACGAGCGGCGGCUGUUUUGUGAGUUUGUAAAUAAAUUUCAAAGAAUAUCUUUAAGAAUGCUUAAACUAUUAAAUUGAAUAAAGAUGAUGGAAAUAAAGCAAUCACCGCCAAACGGCGUAGAGCUAAAUGAUCUCAAAAAAGAUCCUAUCAAUGGUCUGAAACGUCAGUCGGAUAGUGAGCUAGGGUCAAAUGAUAUACUUCAAUUAUCCGACAGCGAAAAUGAAGAUGGAGAUAUAUCAACUGCCAUCGUAAAAACAAAGUCACCGCCACAAUUUUUAAGCGAAGUAGAUUUAAUGAACACACUAGAAAAAGUGAAUGGAGAGGCAGAACUUGACAGUACCGCUUUGCUGGACAGAGAGCUUAACGCACAGUCAUUGGGGCCCGAAAAUAAAGAAUCCAAUGACAUUGACAUUUUUGCAGAUGAACUGUUCAAACAAAUAGAUGAGAAUAAAAGCAAUGGGCACAGCAAUGAGCCAGCGGUAUCCAGUAAUAGCAACAAUGUCAACAAAGAAGGGGUGUCCAAUUCAGAUAACGGUAACAAUGGAGCAGAGUGCACAAACGAACAAAAAGAUGAUGUAUUUCAAAUCAGUUCUGUAAGCGACCAACCUCUCGUUGCAGAAGUUGCCACACCUAUUGAAAAAAGUACUGUUGAAGCGAGUGUUACGAAAGAAAGUGAACCAGAUAUUUCGUCCGAACCACAAACCGUACCUGAAAGCAACCGUUUAGAAGAUAAGGAGGUUUCCAGAAAUAACGACGAGAAAGCUGUAGAUAAUUCUGAAACGGAUAAUACGUGUUCAGAGAAGAUUGAAGAAGAACCUGUGUCAAAAAUGGAUGUGGAUGAGACAAUAGAAUUAGAUGACGAUGAAGAUGAGGAUAACAAUGAAAAGACGAGUGAAGUAAAGGUAGAAAGUGGAAAAACGGCACUUGAAGACGCUUUGCACUCUAACAACGAAAUGGGAAAAGGAGAUAAUAAUUUGGAAGAGGAUCGAAUUAAAGAAUCCAAUGAUCAGCGAAUUAUUGAAGAAUCUAAAAAUCAACAAACUAUUGAAGAUUCUGACGAUCAACUAGAGCUUCUCUCUGCAACUUCAAAUCCGAUAGGUGAUUCAAUGGGCAACGAUAAAAUUCCAAGUAAUAUUAGCUCAAACGAACAUAAGGAUUUGGACCCAUUGCUAUCAGAGAUAAAUGAUGCCAUUGGUGAUGAGGCUACUGAGAAGGACAAAACAAAGGGAGAGUCAUUGAAGUAGAUCUUAUAUCUCUCGGUAGCCCUUGCGUUGACGAAA